GUUUGAGGUCAUUUUGUUUGCUAUUUUUCAAUCUUGUGAGUACUUUCCCCCCCUUAAUGAAUUAAUGCAGCAAGUUUUACAAAAUAAUACAAUCCAAGUGUUCUAGUCUAAUAUAGGGGCAUCAUCAAAUUCGAAGGACCUAACAAUUUCCACUUUGGCUUUGGAUCAUGUAGUUCGAUCAAUGCUUGGGUUGUCACCACUCUUCUCCUUCAUAUGUCUGCCCUUGUGGUGUCCCUUGAGACUGUUGUUAUGGAUGAGAAGGUUUCUAAGUGUUUUGUCGUUGUCUUUCUCUUUCUCUUUCAAUGGAGGUUCCUUUCCACUUUUUGGCAGCAUCCUUUUGAAGAGUUUGCUUGUUUUGACUCAUCAUAGAUAGCUUGCAUUGAGCGUCCACAAUCUCAAGGAUGACAUCCUUAGUGAUACCUUAUUCCAGAAGGCUCGGUCCAUUGGAAGUUGUGUCCACAAUCCUUUUCAGUUCUUUCACUUUACCAGUUCUCUUUCUCCUUCACUCCAUUGGAAGUUGUGUCCACAAUACCUUAUUCCAGAAGGCACCCUCUAAAAGUGGUGAUGACGUGGUGGCAACAUGUGUACUUUAGUUCGAGUAAUGGGUAAUUUACCUAAGACAGUCCAAAAUAUGAUAAAAAAGAAGGUGUCACAUUUCUUUUGGGGUAGCACAAAUCAUUUAUCUAAGCAUCAUUAAAUUAAAUUCAAGGACCUUUGUAAGCAUAAUUGGUAUUAGGUCUAUUGGUGAUAUGCAGAAGAUUACGGCUAUGAAACUCGGGUGGGAGUUUCAACAAGGGAAUUCCAAGUAGGUAGGUCUCAUGAGAAGCAAAUAUGGUAAGAGAGCCCCAGGUGAGUUUAAAAAUUAUGAUUCCCUUACCUGGAGAAGGAUUAGCCUCAUCUCUGAGGAGGCUAAAGGUAUGGUGAUAAGGGGCUCUCAGUCUUUAGUUUGGAAACAUACUAGAUAUGGCAUUUUUAAAUCAAAAUCAGCCUACAAAGCAUUAUGAGCUCAUGGGGGUAGGACUCUAUCAACAACUAAUAUAUGACAUCCUAAACAGGUAUCAAAGGUAAAGAUCUUCCUCAGGAGGCUCUGGAAUAGGGGGCUUCCAUUCCCUGAGUAAGUUGCUUCUUUCUCAGCUGUUUACCCGACUAUGUGUCAUUGGUGUAAGAGAGAAAGUGUAUCCCAAUACCACAUGCUCCUCCUGUGUCCGCUGGCAGUAUCAAUUUGGAGCUAUUUCAAUAGUACUCAACAAAUAAACAAAGGGACAACCAACACGGUUAAACUUAAGUUGAUGCAAUGGUGGAUUGGUGUUUCGGGAAAAUCAAUGGAUUCAGUAUACACAGCCAUUUUAUAUGGGGUUGUCGCUUGGCAUCUGUGGAAGACUUAUUGGGAUUCAAUCUUCAAUGAGUCGGUUCCAGACAAGGGUAGCAUUAUUCAUCAAAUUUGCAAACUUAUGUUAAAUUGGUGUGGUGCUCAUGAUAAUCUUCAUGGAAAUGAGAGGAUUAAGGGGCUAGGUCUGAUACCUCUAGCUUUCAAGAAGAAAAGGCCUCAAAUGUUCAGAUGGAUCAAACCGAUCGGCCCUCGAGUGAAAUUAAAUUGGUGUGUCUUCAAGCAUAAUGGUAAGUCAGCUGUGGGUUACUUGCUCCUGGAUCAUGUUGGGAAGAUGAUUGCAUCGGAGGGGUUUCCGCUGAGCGGAUUGACGAUGGGAGAGGACGAGGUUUUUCAUCAGGCGUUGAAAUGGACAGAAGGGCUGGGGUUUCCUAAUUAGAGUUGGGGCCGAGCUUGGAGUGCUCGAGGUCAGCCUCAUAUUUUGUCUCGGGGCCGAGGUCGGGCUCGGAUGAAUCUUCUGUCCUAUGUCAAUUUAUCGUCUGGUGCCCAGUCCUGACCUCGGGGGUUGAGGUCGGGCUCAGCCAAAACUCUGGUGCUUAAGUAUUUCGUGAUGUCUUUAUGGUCUUUGAUCAGCGACUAUGAUACCCUGGGAUAUAUGGGAACAUACUCCAUCACCCUAUUUUACUAAUCACUAGAAAGGGAAAAUAAGUUUUACUAGCCACCGGGAAGGGAGAAGAGGUUUGACCAACACCUCCAGAGAAAUCAUCUCGUUUACGGGACCUGUUAGUAGUUUAGGCAGUGCUGUUCUGGGAGCACCGCCGCCUUGCCAUUUUUUGAUCCCACACAAUCAACCUCCUCAACUAACAUCCUUUCAUAAAUAUGAUUUAAGCUCUCCAUUAAUGGACAACAAAAUGAACGUCGGACUGAGACAGGAAAGAAGAAGCAGCGGAGCUCAUGAUCAAAAGCCCAAACACGUUUACAAUUGGAACAAACCAAACCUCGAACAGAGGAAACUUUGCCGGACAUUGAGAUAGAACCUUUGUUAGAACCUGAUAAAAUAAAAUUAUCUUCAACAAACCCCACUCACUAUCUUUUCACAGUAAUCAAAGCUCAAUUUACGUUGAUAAUUGUCAGGUCGGUUUUUAUGUUUUGGUCUAUUUUUAUACAAAAAUGAUCUUUGUACCCACUCUUAUACCCACUUUUAUAUCCACUUAUGUUUCUGAAGUGUUUUUGUUUGUCUGUGGACCCCGGUUCACAGACAAUAUUUUGCACAGACAAAAUAUUGUUUGUGAAUUAGGUUCACAGAUAAAAAAAACAUUCACAAACAAGGUGGAUAUAAGGUGGGUAUAAAAGUGAGUACAUCAUUCUAUUUCAAAUCUUACUCUAGUUUAUUCUUUCUUUCUCUUUCGUAUUUUUGGCUUGAUUAUCAAUUUCCUUUCUACACUGCACUGCAUUUUGACAUUUUCUAGUUUUUUUCUUCCUCUCGUAUUUUUGUUUCAUCUAAAUAACCAAAUUAUGAGAUAAGGGUCAGAUAGGGUCUCGAACUUGGGAAAAAAUGUCAAAUAAGGCCAUAUUUAGGAUGCUAUGUCCGGAUGACGCCAUUUGGGGCGG